AUGUCCUCCUCCUCCUCCUCAACAGAGUGCGAGCAGGCCUUUCUGGAUGCAGUCCACCACGUCUUCACUAACUGGACUGCUCUCACUCUCGCGAGGGAUAACUGUGACUGCAAUCCUAGGGAGGCCUCACAGCGUAUCGAGAACAUCGCAGAGUCGGUGAUUGCUGAUCUACGGGCUGGUGGAGCGAAAUUGUCUAGUGAGAACAGCGAUCAAGUAGCCAAGUUGGCUGAUAGGCUCUUCGAGAUGAUCGCCAACAGCUUUCAAAUGGUACUAGAGGACGGCUCUGAUGAGGAUGUAGCUUAUAUGCUCAUCCGACUGUGGGAAUCGUGUAGUCGAGGGGAUCUUGGGGUGGCCAGAGAGGUCGUCAAUGCUACACAGGAUCGUGAUCAAUCUAAAGUCUUGGAGCAGUGUGCUGAGGAAGGACAAGGUGAGGCUGAUAAUGAGGAAGAGGAGGAGGAGGAAGUCCCUUUGGCUGAGCAAGAGGGUCAGCAUAAGGAGCCUGAGGUGGAUGAGGAUGGCUUCCAGACUGUGACUAGAGGUCGUCGCCGUCGAUAG